AUGGAUCCUUUAUUUAAUUCAACCGAUCAGCCAAAUUGGACCACCAGCCCCAAUGAGACUAAUAACGGGACUCUCUACCACAACCAGUUCGUUCAGCCAGUCUGGAGAAUCGUGCUCUGGGCCAUCGCGUACAGUUGUAUAGUCAUUGUGUCCGUUGUAGGUAAUGUUACAGUGAUCUGGAUUAUCAUGGCGCAUAAACGCAUGAGGACCGUCACCAACUAUUUUCUGCUGAACCUGGCGUUCGCCGAAGCCUCCAUGUCCGCCUUCAACACGGUCAUCAACUUCACCUACGCCGUGCACAACGAGUGGUACUUCGGACUGGUCUACUGCCGCUUCCACAACUUCUUCCCCAUCGCGGCUGUGUUUGCCAGCAUCUACUCAAUGACUGCCAUCGCUCUGGACAGGUACAUGGCCAUCAUCCACCCUCUGCAGCAGCGCAUGUCAUCCACAGAGACCAAAGUGGUGGUGGGGGUGAUCUGGGUGCUGGCUCUGCUCCUGGCCUUCCCCCAGUACUACUACUCCAACACGGACCAGCUCCCCGGUCGGACAGUGUGCUUCAUCGACUGGCCCGAAUACGAUUUGUGCGACUUCAAAAAGAUGUACUAUGUGUGUGUGACCAUCCUGAUCUAUUUCCUUCCUCUACUGGUGAUGGGUUGUGCUUAUCUGGUGGUGGGACUGACCCUCUGGGCCAGCGAGAUCCCUGGAGACUCUUCUGAUCGCUACAAGGAGCAGCUGACCGCCAAACGAAAGGUUGUGAAGAUGAUGAUCGUGGUGGUGUGCACGUUUGCCCUCUGCUGGCUGCCCUACCAUGUUUACUUCCAGCUGCACCAGUUCUUCCCUGAUAUGUUUGAGGAGAGGUUCAUCCAGCAGGUCUACCUGGCCAUCAUGUGGCUAGCCAUGAGCUCCACCAUGUACAACCCCAUUAUCUACUGUUGCCUCAACGACAGGUUUCGUGCUGGUUUCAAACAAGCGUUCCACUGUUGCCCCUGCGUCCCUAAAGGCUCGUACGAAGGGCUGGAACUCAAGUCCACUCGCUACCUGCAGACCCAGACCAGCGUUUACAAGGCCAGUCGGAUGGAGAGCACCGUGUCUACUGUUCUUCAGGUCAGGGACGACAUGGAGCAGCCCAAGGUCAAGGCACUGGCAUGUCCAGGACCCUGUGGGGCUGCGGUCGGUGCCAGGCCACAUAGCUCCUCCCUGGACCUGACGUCCAACGGGUCAUCAUCCCGGAGCGUUUCCAAAACGGUGUCAGAAACAUCCAGUUUCUACUCCAGUAACAACCAGCAGGAAUAG